AUGCUGUUGUAUUGCCCUCGAGCGCUAAAAUCCGCUGAUCCAACCACAGGAAUUUCAAUUAUGAGAUCGGAUAGAGUGGCGCGGCCCUGGAAAUUGAAGCCUGUGCCUCGGCAGGUCGGUUUAGUGUCACAGACAGCACACCAUUGUUGCAAACACAAACAAAGUCAAACAUCGAACGUCUCCGUAUAUAAGCACUGCAAUUUUGAGAGGUGUGCCUUGGUCAAGACCCUGAGGAUCAUGAACAGUUUGGAUAACUCAUGUUUGGCAGAAUCUCAUCCUCGGUCACUAGUAAUGAUCCUUGUAUCCCUUCCUAACGCCAUCCAUUCUAGACGUUCACGGCAAGAGUCUCGUGAUCGAGGUGUUCGUGCGCCUCUAGCCACACUCAAAUACAGUAGCAUUGCAAAGAGAUAUAAGGAUCAUAUCUGUCCUUGUGCUGCUCCGAAUCUUGAGCCGGAUUUACUUAUCAUCCGAAGCGCUUGUCUAGGAUUGGGGUUCUCUUCCGCUAGAAGAACCAAUCAAUAUGACGGCCCUGCAUGA